AUGCUUAGUCGUGCAGUUCUACCUCUGACGAGGCCAAACGUCCUAGCCUCUGCCUUCCGGGCAUCGGCCCUAUCAGUGCGGCCCUCGUACACUGCCUACAAGCUUUCCCCGGGUAUCCAGCAUAGGUCGAAGUCGACCAAACCCAACAAGCCGAAGGCUCCCAAAGCAGCCCCCCAGGAGACCCCCAAGGACUCUCCCAAGGAUUUUGCCGCCGAGCAACCCGAGUUUGACACAAAAGCUGACCCUGAAACAAAACCUUCCGAUCCUGCCGAACAACCCCAGACGCCUCUCCCCGAUCUCACACAAGGUAUUCCUUCGACACUGGCCGCUGAAUUGGAAGGUCGCAUGAAGAAGGGCCCCUUGAACCUCACAGAAGACCCUACUCAGUCAGAAGAGUACAGCGAUGAAGGGCGAGGGGGUGGUGAUAUCCCCAAGGGCGGAUAUGAAACCUCUCACGACCGCCGCAAGGCCCGCGUCGCCAACAUAAUGUACGCAGCUAUGCUGCUUGCUGGUGUUUCCGGUAUGGCCUACUUGGGCCGCAACUGGGAGACUGAAGAAGAGGAGCGGGCUCACACUGAGACCCCAUCAGGAUGGAGCCCGGGUCUCUGGUACAGCCGCAUGAAGGCUCGUAUGGAUGACCUCACCAGCUACUACAAGGACCCUGCUUUCCCCAAGCUGCUUCCGGAUGAGGACGCUGAGAUGCGUCAGCCAUACACCCUGGUGCUCAGUCUCGAGGACCUGCUCGUUCACAGCGAGUGGAGCCGCGAGCACGGAUGGCGGGUUGCUAAGCGGCCUGGUGUCGAUUACUUCCUCCGCUACCUGAACCAGUACUAUGAGCUCGUCCUGUUCACCAGCGUGCCCAGCAUGAUGGCCGACCAGGUCCUCCGCAAAUUGGAUCCUUACCGCAUCAUCCGCUGGCCCUUGUUCCGCGAGGCUACUCGCUACAAGGAUGGAGAGUACAUCAAGGAUCUGCAAUACCUGAACCGUGACUUGUCCAAGGUCAUCCUCAUCGACACCAAGGAGGAGCACGCCCGCCACCAGCCCGAGAACGCCAUCAUCCUGGAUAAAUGGACCGGUGACCCGAAGGAUAAGACACUGGUGGCUCUCAUUCCCUUCCUGGAAUACCUCGCUGGCAUGGGCGUUGAAGACGUGCGCACCGUGCUGAAGUCGUUUGAUGGCACUAACAUCCCUGUCGAAUUCGCCAAGCGCGAGAAGGCCAUGCGUGAGCGGUUCGAGAAGGAACUCGCCGAGGAACAGAAGAAGAAGCCCUCUCGCGGCCUGGGCAACUUCGCCGCCGCACUUGGCUUGAAGUCCACCAGCACCUUGAACGGCGAGCAAUCACCCUCCGAGGGUCUGGCUCAGGGCAAGAUGCUCUGGGAUCAGAUUCGAGAGCGUGGCCAGAAGAACUACGAGAUGGUUGACGCAGAGAUCCGCGCCAACGGCGAGAAGUGGCUCGCUGAGAUGGCUGCCGAGGAGGAGAAGGCCCGCCAGGAGCAGAUGCAGAAUAUGAAGGGUUCCUUCACUGGAAUGUUCGGUCUUGGCGGCUCCAAGGAGCAGUAA